UAACAUGUUGUGGUCUCUGAUAGGAUCCUGUGAUCACAGGGUUUAAUCCUAGAGAAGGACCCGUGGCAGGGGGUACAGAAAUCACUAUCAGUGGCAUGUACUUGGACACUGGAAGGGACAUUACUGCAAGAUUCAGAGAUGCAGACUGCAUAGAGAUUUCUGUUCAAGACGAAAUCGCAACAUGCAUCACAAGCAGCAUACCGGAGAAUGAAGAGGUUUCCGUAACCCUGGCCAUGACAUUUGAUGGAGAAGAAAGACAAUUCAGCGGUUACGACUUUACCUACAUGCCAAAUCCAAGGAUUGAAUAUAUUGAUAGGACAACAUCUAUCAUGUCAGGAGGUCCCGAUAUCACACUAACUGGCGUAAGAUUUGAUCUGAUCCAAGAACCCAGGAUUGUAGUUACAUCUCUCACAACUGAUGCUAGCAAUUCUGAGCUCUGCAAUGGAACAGAAACCAUUCUCACAUGUCCAACACCAAGUUUUCCUGAUGAUGCUAUCCCUGCCAGAAGAAGACGAGCAACAGAUGAUGCAAUGAUAGCGAAUUUAUCCUUUGACUUUGAUGGAAAUGUGAUUGAUGGCGGCACAAUUGAAUAUUUCCCAGACCCUGUGUAUGAAAGCUUCAGUGGGAACAGCAGAAUUUAUGAGAGUGAUAAUAAACGACUCGAGAUUACAGGCAUGGAUUUAACCUUGGCAAGUACAGAAGACGAUGUACUAGUUUUGUUAGGGCCUGAUGGAGAAUGCACUGUUGAUGAUCUUGAAAUGAAUGUCCUGCGUUGCCAGCUACCAGAUAACCAGCCUCAAGCAGGAAACUUGAAUGGAACACUAGGUCAGGGAGAUGCAAAAAAUCUUCCAGCUGUGACAGUUUUGCAUGGGAACUUACGAUUUUACCCAGGCUUUGUUUCAGCAUGGUCAGCUACAGGUGACAGUCUAGUAUUAGCCAUCGUAAUAUCUAGUGUGGUGGGACUCAUUGUGAUCAUCACUCUGAUAAUCAUUCUGCUUUGGUGGUCAAGGAAGGAACAGCGUUACUUACAACGAGCUAGGGGAGAAGUAGAAAUGGUCCGUAGUAACAUGAUGAAUAGAAUACGAGAAGUUGGUACCACGAGCUUAGAUGUAUCCGUAGCUGACGACAGAACACAGAAGCACGGCGUACCAUUUAGAGGACACGUCCACUGUUUGACAAUGAUGUUGUUUAAUGGGCUUGGUGUGCACCCAGAAACAACGGACCCUGAGUACAUGGAAGACUUUAUGGAACACUCGGUGAUAUCCUUCUACCGUAUGCUAAAGAAGAAGGAAGUUUUGACAGACUUUAUCAGACAACUAGAGAGGAAGAAAGAAGGACGUGGUCGUGAAAGGGAAAUCAUCGCCUCUCUUUUGGCAAUAACAUUUGUCAGCGAGGGAAAAUCAAUCCACUUCACAGACGUCGUAAUGUCACUUGUUGAAGAUGAAGUCAGAAUGGCAUCUGAAUCUAGUAGAGAGAUGGACACACUAUUCACCAACACGGAAACAAUCGCAGAAAAACUGGUCAGCAGCUGGUUUACCUUGUUCAUGUUCUCUUACUUGAAGGUGUACGCCUUCUACCCACUGUACAUGUUGUAUCAAGCAAUAAAGACCCAGACCGAGAAGGGUCCUAUAGAUGAAGGGACAGGUGAAGCAUACUACACGCUAGAGUUCAACAAACUAUUUGACCAGACGGUCGAAUUUCAUUCUCUCGGUCUAGAUGUUGUAGAUGAAGAUGGUCAGGUUUAUCUUCAUGUGAAUGUUCUGGAUGUUGACAGCGUCAAACAGGUCAAAAAGAAAGUUCUAGAUUGUGCGUGGAGAAGGGGCUACUGUUUGAAACCCAGAGAUGUGGAUGCAGUAGACCUGGUGUUGGUUCAAACUCAUCAACAGUCCAUUCUGCUUCGGGAGACGUCUGAGGCUCAGGGAAAAAUAAUUGCCAAUACAAUGAAUAGCUACGGGAUUCAAGAUGAAUAUCGUGUGGCACUGAUACCGAAGCAGCAUGGAGAAGGUGAUGGGUAUCAAGCUCUAGAUCUGAAGGAAGUUGCUUCAGACAAGUAUGUAUCCUUACAGUACGUGACUGAUGAAGAUGUCCUCGAUUCGCACCUACCACAACAAGGUUCAAAGGUCAUUCAUCUGAAGGACCUUGAACAAUCUAAGAUGAAGGAAAGUACUAUGCCAGACCACAUCCAACAGAAGAGAGCAGACCUUGAUCGUAAUCUAGCAUUUCCUCACAUGCUGACAAUGAAAGCGUCGAUCAGCCCAUAUGUGGAUGGUAUCUUCGAAGUAAUGUUCAAGAUGCCAGCAAAGGUACCUCUACCAAUCAAACAUCUCUUUGAUACGUUUGACGGACUUGCUGUGAAGUAUGGAGAAGCCUACGCGAAAGAUUGGAAGAAAAAUUGCUUGUCAAAUUUCUGGCGUUCAGUGCUCACCAACCUGCCAUCGUUGUUUGAGAUGCCGAGAUCCGAAACAGCUAAUAGUUGUGUAGACAUUCUUGCUGAUGCUCUCAAGCAUGCGACCAAGACCAUUUCCCUGAAACAGGGCGAGUCAGAUCAUCUACCUUACUACAACGAACAUCCCUUGCAAAGAAAAAUGGUGAUGGAUUACUGUAAUGAGAUAGCAAAUCAGCCAAAGCUUCGUCCAAUAAAACUGAAUAGAGCCUGCUCAAACAUCUCAAAGGAGUUCAAGGACCAGUUCAGUCAUCUUUCAAACAUGAUGCACCUUUACAACCUUACCAAGAGCGAUGUGGAAAACCUUUUCAAGUAGAUCCAGGAAUUCCCAGUAGACCGACAGCCCAUGAGACCGCUGGUCUAGUGAACCCUCGGAGAAGUGGACAGAAGGCCCAGGCAGCCGAUAUUUCGGUCGCAUGGGCCGUUAGCUUCAUGCACUGUCAGUCUCUACAAAAUUAAGCAGUAAACCGAAGCUGGACUGAUAGCCAAUAUAGACAUGCAAUAUAUAUACAUGCAUUUUGCUUUAUUUGUGGGGUUCAGAUAAAUGCCGGAUCAAGAAAAGUUGAUGAAAGAGAAAAUAAGAGGAUCUUGGUAGAUUAGCUUUUCUUUUUAAUGAUUUUAAUAAUUAUGAUCAUUAGCUUGACAUAAAUCAUUACGACACUUGUAUGCAGUGAUUUAUACAUAUGAUGAUCUUUGAAACUGGAUUUCUGAUCUUGUUUUAAACCAAGUUCUUUUUCAGAACGGACAAUUUUGACCUUCAUGUACACUUGGGUCGAGAACAAAAAUAGCGACUAGCAAUAUAUAUGGCCAAUCGCCCUGAAUAAAUGGUGACAGAAGGUACGAAAAGUUAUAAGCUGUUCCACUUUUAAGAAAGAUAUAAACUAUAGGUAGAUAUGCUUGGUUUUUUAUAGACUUGAUUCAAUGAAAGGAAAAUGAAACCGAAAAUGAAGCGAAAAUCUUCGAUGAUCACACAACUCGUAUACAGCAUUCCACAACCGAUCGGCAACUGCUUUACAAACGAAAGGCAACUGAUCGCCCACUAGACGUUCCUGCAAAUUGGUUGUCCAUGGACGCAGUUAAUGUUGGUUGUCAGAAGUUGGCAACCAGUUGUACGCCUAAUGUGACUUGGGCUUUAACAAGGUAUCCUAUAUUUCCAAAGUUAACAGUUUUCUUUAUGACAAUAUUCCCAUGGAGGGGAGUGCCAUCUCGAUUUAAAGGCAUCGAUUAACAAUGUUAAAUCCGAUGUGCAUGGCCCUACGUGUUAUCAGUGACCGUGAUAUGGUGUAAUAUUGAAAACCUAACAAAAUUGCUCUU